CAGAAGUGUGGCACUGUUCUUGGAAACAGUUCGACCGGACGUCACUGAGCAGCCGCGUGGUUUAUGAAAGUGCACUGCUUCGGUUACUAGUUUCCAUCAAGAAAAAAAAAUUGUCACUACGAACUUUUUUUUAGUAUGUUUUUCUUGACGUUAUUUUUUAUAAGACAUGAAAAUUUGCGCCUUGCAACACCAACAGGUGACACCAAAAGACAGAACCAAGAGCGUCACAUCUGAAAAACGGAUUUAGAUUUAGUUAUUUUAGUUGUGAUAAGUGUGGAUACAGUAGUAAUAACAGAGCAGGGAAGACGUACAUCAUAGAUGUCCUCCCCAUUGGAAGUAGAUACCAAGCGAGACUCAAAAAAGCCUGAUUUAGUCAAAUCCGAGUGCGAUGAGGAGGAGAUCGAUGUGGAGAGCCUUGACGGAUGUCUGCGUCCGGAGCAAUGUAACGAAAAGGGGGCGAAGCCCGAGCUGCCGCGCAGGCUGACCCGCAGCCCGAAGUGCGCUCGCUGCCGAAACCAUGGGGUGGUGUCUUGCCUGAAGGGCCACAAACGAUUCUGUCGCUGGCGUGACUGCCAGUGCGCAAACUGUUUGCUUGUGGUGGAACGACAGCGAGUGAUGGCAGCACAGGUCGCCCUGAGGAGACAGCAAGCUACAGAGGGGAAAAAAGAUGGCAAGAUAUCAGCUCCAGUCCGAAAGACAGCAUACCAGCGGUACUCAAAGGCACCCAGUCUUCUAGCAAAGAGCAUUCUGGAAGGAUAUAAACCUCCUGCUUUGGAAGAUGCUGCUUGGUCGAAAAGGAUGCAGUACCCCACCCUGAGUGAGAGGAUGAGAAAAAGACGCGCCUUCGCCGACAAAGAGCUGGAGGGCAUUAUGCUCGAAAGGGAAUUACGACAGAGAGAACUAGAAAAUGUGUCUGGAUUUAAAAUCCUUCAUCCAGUUUUGUCGUCUGCGUCUCCCCUGUGCUGUCCACUUGCAGAGCCACUAUCAACAGCCUACCCAUCUGUGUACAAAACCAGCCCGUUGCUGUUUGAGUGUGACCUUCACUGCUGUCCAGAAGAGCUGUUUAAUGCCAGGUCGACAGAGAACAGUUACGCACAGUUACCAGCGCAGUGCAGCUCCCUGCCUUUUGAGCGCCUGGAUGUGACCAGGAUGAAAGAGCUGGAAAAUUGGGAAUACUGCAAGGACAGCAAGACCUGUCAAGAGGGAUACCUUGUGCCAUUUCCUUGCCUACAACAGCGGAGUUGCCUUGAGAAUCUGAGUGGCUUUGACAUGGAUAUUCCCGGACCAAAUGCGCUUCCAAGCGCCAGAGUUCCCAGCGUCCCAAAGCCAGGCAUCACGUCUCCUGCCUCACUGCCAGACCAAGUGUUUCAAAACUGUUUGCACCCAGCCACGUAUUGUCCCCCUCCAGAUCUUCACUGUCUCACACCUAAGAAAAAUUCAGCAGGUGACAACUGUUACAGCUUACAGACAAAAUCAGUCAAAAACACUGUUGUAUGCACUCUACCCUUUUCUGUGGACUCAUUACUAAAGAGCUGAAAACACUUACAUAAAUGAACAAAUGUUUUAGCCAUAAAUGCCUGAGGCGUUCGUAACACAGAAUCAUGGCUGUUAAAAACAGUCGUCCAAAAGAUCCCAUUAUGAAUAACUCUUUGAAUAACAAAGGUAUUUAUUCUCAGACAGU